GGCCUAACCCUGAACUAAAACUAACUUAACUCUGGCUCCUACUGGACUUCUUAGUGUCUGGCACUUGGGACACACAAAGCUAAGGUCUACUGCUUCUACUACUUCUGAGCAGCAACUACGUAAUCCUUCAAAGUUCAGACACUGGUGGUGAUGUUGGUUGGGGAGCUGGUGAGACUGCUGAAGGACGAAGAAUGAUUGAUCAGUUGGGAUUAAACUUGGUAGUGCCAUGCUACUACCCUCGUCUUUAUUCCUCCUACUUGGCCUCCUCAAUUGGUGUCCCACUGCAUCAUGUGCAAAAGUGAUCGUGGUCCCACCCAUCAUGUUCGAAUCACAUCUCUACAUCUUCAAGACUUUGGCAACGGCUCUUCUCCAAGAAGGCCACGAGAGCCAUUUUUUGGUUUCAGAAGGCCGUGAAGUGCCCGACUCUCCUGACUACCACUUUCAGCGCUAUACCGGGAUCUUUAACAGCAGCACUGCAGACAAUUUCCUUCAGUCCAAAGUCAGUAACAUCUUCUCGGGCCAUCCGACAUUUCUGGAACUGUUUGACAUUCUUGACCACUACUCUCAGAACUGUGAUGCUGUUGUUGGCAAUGUUGAGGUAAUGACCCGCCUCAAGGAGGCCAAGUUCGACCUGCUGCUUGUGGACCCAAAUGAGAUGUGUGGUUUUGUGAUAGCUCAUAUCCUGGGCGUGCAGUAUGCCGUGUUCAGCACAGGUUUGUGGUACCCUGCUGAAGUUGGUGCCCCAGCUCCGCUGUCCUAUGUACCUGAAUUCAACUCAUUGCUGACAGAUCGCAUGUCUCUGCUGCAGAGGAUCACAAACACUGCUGUUUACCUGGUGCAGCGAUUUGGAGUCCAUUAUAUUGCAUUACCCAAGUAUGACAGGAUUAUGAAGAAACAUGGAGUGAAGCCACAAGUCGCUAUGGCUGACUUGGUCCAAGGCAGCCGGCUGUGGAUGCUGUGUACUGACCUGGCCCUGGAGUUCCCCAGGCCCACCCUGCCACAUGUGGUGUAUAUAGGAGGCAUCCUCACCCAGCCCCCCAACCCACUGCCUCAGGAUUUUGAAGCGUGGGUGAAUGACACAGCGGAGCAUGGCUUUGUGGUUGUGUCGUUUGGAGCCGGGGUCAAGUACCUAUCUCAUGACAUUGCUCACAAACUGGCAGGAGCCCUCGCCAGGUUGCCCCAGCGCGUCAUCUGGAGGUUCUCUGGAGUACCUCCCAGUAACCUUGGCAACAACACGAAACUUGUUGACUGGAUGCCUCAGAAUGACUUAUUAGGCCAUGCUAACACAAGGGCCUUCCUGAGCCACGGUGGUCUGAACAGCAUCUACGAGGCAAUGUACCAUGGGGUGCCAGUGGUAGGUGUGCCCCUGUUUGGAGACCAUUAUGACACCAUGACUCGUGUGUCGGCCAAAGGUAUGGGCAUCAUGUUACACUGGAAGUACAUGACCGAGGACGAUCUGUACCAAGCCCUGACCAGUGUCAUCAAAGACACCAGGUACCGCCAGCAAGCAAGUCUUCUCUCCAACAUUCACAAAGACCAGCCAGGCCACCCCGUGACCAGAGCCGCGUACUGGAUCAGCUACAUCCUCCGUCACAACGGUGCCAACCACCUGCGUUCCGCUGUUUAUGAGGUUUCCCCCUACCAGUACUUCCUGCUGGAUGUGUUUGUCACUGUGGGAGCUGCUUUGGCUCUAACCAUCUUUGCUCUGAACCACUUGGUACGCUGGUUGAGAGGAAAGUCCAGGGACCAAAGCAGAGAAGGUGGUCACGCCAGGGAUGAUGCUAACAUGGCCAAUGGACAUUGCCAUAAUGAGAGCAUGGCCAAUGGGAAACACAAACGCAAUGGCUCCUUGAAAAAUGAGAAGAAGAUUGAUUAAUGUUUCAUAUGGCCAACAGAGACGAGAAAGAAGUUGCCUCCAGGACUCGGCUCUAGGUUUGGUUGAGUGGAUUUAUGCAAGCUUGAGAAGAAAAGCUGUUCUUAGGUCUGUGUCAAGAGGCAACUGCUACUCGGAGUGAGCAAGGGGGUCGUAGAAGAACACACAAUGCAUAUUGUGGGGACAGAACGAGGAAUUGGAUGCUUAGAAUCUGUGUGCGUGUGUGUGUGUGUGUGUGUGAAUGUGUGUGUUGGUGUAUGUGCACUGAGGCAAAUUUAACGAAGACUUUUAACAACAGCAGCAAUUGCAUCACAAAACCAAAUUGGAAAGUUAUUGAGGAAGAAACAUCGGAAAGACACAUUGGAGGACAUUGUUUCUCCGUGUGCGUCUUCUCUGCUGCAUUGUUCUCCACUGCCUUCCUGCAAAUACCACUGGAAAGAUGGAGAGGGAAAAACCUGAGCGCCAACCCCUCAGAACAUCCUCAGAACAAAGCAAAGAAAACAAAUAAUUAACUUAUUUAGGAUUUAAUAUUUUUAACUGCAAACUCUGCUUCAAAAUGUGUCUGGUGAAAAUGUAAAUAGAGGACAAAUCUAUUUAUUCCUGUAAAAAAUGCAUUUUAAUUAUGAACCUUUUGAAUUUUAAAUUAUUACAUGUGUUAGUGGUUUGACAACAUGGUGGUACACGUGCCCUUCCUUUGCUAAGCCAAUUGUAUACACAACACUGUGUCCUUCAAUACUAGUAAAAGAAAAGGAAAAAAAAAAGAAUAAGACCGUUGUUAAUUGUAAAUGUGCAUUCAUCGGACACAGUAACCGUCCCCACAGUAUCGUGUGGCUUUGUUUUCACCCCCCAAUCAGACUUGAACACAUUUGUGACUGCACUGCUGUUUUGCUGCAACUACUGUUGAUACUGUGGAUGGGCAGGGCCAGUUCAGGAAUGUGCUCCAGCUCAUCCAGUCAGAUGGUCUGGGGUGAGUCAUUGAUCGAAGACAUCAUACUUCAUCAGUCCCAUGUUUUAAUUCUAUUUAUUAAUCAGUGAUUCAUCACUUUAUUGCCAUUUUAAUGUGACGGUUGGCUCUGUACAUUAUACCUCUGAGAUUUAUUUGUUAUAUAAUUAACAUGUUUCCUUGUGCUAGUUUUAAACGACACUGCUUUCCUUCCUUGGGUUAAAGGCCUAUUUACAAUUUAGAUUGACAUUAAACAAUUCUAUUAACUUCGAGUGCGAAUGAUUCUCAUCCUGUUUGUAGCCUUUUCAAAAUGCAAAUGCAUGUAUGCAGAACACUUGAAUACCACUGUAUGAGUGCAUGUGUGAGAUAGAUAGAUAGAUAGAUAAAUAGAUAAAUAGAUAGAUAGAUCAUAAGCGGAAGUUUAUGGAUGAAAUGAGGGCAGAUCAUGUGUUUUAUCCCACUGAGUCCUGUAAAAUCCACCUUGUGCUUAUUCUGAGUUUGUUUCAUCAAAUAAUAUUUAUGCCCAUGAAACAUUCCUUAUAUUCUUUCAAUAAGACUGAACUUAGUUGAGCAGUAGUUUUUUUCGUUGUUUUUUUCUUUUAAGCAUCCCGAUAUAUCUCGGUUCACUCCACAUUAUUUAGCUUGUUUCUUGUUUCUGGCGUCAUUAAAAGCUGCCAUGUCUGGUUAAUUUAAGUGCAGUUGGAGGGAAGGGUUAAAUAGUCAUGUCAAUCCACUAUAUACACAUUGAGUAAUAUGUCAGCGUGACAUGGAUCCAUACCCUGAAAAUGUCCUUCCUUCAACCAGGGAGUCAAACAGCACAACACAUUAUGGGGCAAAAGGUUAUCUUUGGUAUCUUGGUUAUGAACAUUUCAUAGUGGCAGGUGUCAUGAACAUUGGACUUCCAGUUUAUGAACCCACCAUGCUGCACAUACUCUUCUCCUUAUAGCAGCAAAGGCUACAAUACACAUAAUGUUUAUAAUGGCUCACCUAUAGACAAACACAACAACACUGCAAAUUUGAAGGUAUCAGAGAAAAAUGUCAUUACUUAACCAGUCAAAGUUGUUGAGGAAUUAACAUCCACACAGAGCAUGUAUGCUAUUUGAGAGAAGCUCCAUCAUCCCCUUUCUUUGUGAGCUACGACCCUUGCACGGCCCCAACCUGUUUUAAACCGCGACUUUUAUACUUGAAAUCAUCGUCAUUAGUAAUAACCAUAGCUGUUAAGUACAGGUUGGCCUGCAGGUGCUUCAAAAGCUAUGACCAGAGUCAGGAGAACACAUAUAUAUAUAUUUACAUAUAUAUAUAUAUUUAUAUUAAUAUACAGUAUUAAUGUUGUUUUAGCUCACCCACCCAUUCCUUUAAGUCACUGUACUUACUCUGCAGUCUGACGUAUCGUUUGUAUUUCAUCAGCUUGAGUACUUUCUUUUGCUCCGUCUUAAAAAAUGUAAAUUUGCUUGUUCCAUUCAUCCACGUGUUUUUUUUCGUCGUCUUUGUCUUGUUCUUCCUCCUACGCCCUAAACAAGAUGUCUCCACUUAUUUUGUUUGUUUGUUUUUUUGUUUUUUUAAACUUAAUUUUUUUCUUUGAUUUUAAAAUGACAGAAAGUCCUCACAUUUUCCUGUCAUGUGUGUCCAUGUUGUAAAUAGAACAAUGUAAACAAAAUACUAAUGCUGAAUAAAAUUGACAUAUUUUGUUUGCAGA